UUGGACAGGGAGGUAGGAUCUCCUGCCUCACCAUUUUGUGAAUUUACAUGGAAGUGAUACACAUUUUUUUUGUUUUUCUUUUGUCUUUUUAUUAAUUUAUUUUUUACUUCUGUGUGGACACGGAUAGAUGAUUCCCCAGUUCAGCUCCUGUGUCUCCAGUGAAACAAUAGAAUGUACCUGGGAGCAGGGAUUGGUGUCACACAAGCACACACAGGGCAGUCACAAUCAGGAAAUCCCUGGGACUCGUAACUCCCCUCAGGCAACGUGUCACUGCCCCUCCCCAGGAAUCCUGUGCUCUUCUUACUCAAGUCACAGCAAGGUGCAUGGCUCGCAGCAGGUGACUCCAGGAACUUUGUACACAGAGAAUCUACCGUCUUUUAUCUGUUGCAGAUCGGUUUCUGCAGGAUCCCUGCCAUCUGUGCGACUGCAGAGCUUCGUCACGGUCUGAUGGAUUCAUAUAUCGCUCACCUAAAGAAGUGCCUGAACAACAUACACAAGGUAAUAAAGAAGGCCAAUGAUAUCCUGUGCAAUAUCAGCCAGCCAGCAGUGUGCAGUGAAGUGCUGCUUUCUUCUCGUGGAACAGACUACAUCUCAGGGGUUCUGGAGGUGUAUAGAGUAUCAAAGCGAAUGGAAGGUGGAAUGGCCAUGCAUAAUAUAGAGCCCAACGGACUUAGAAUCAUGUUUCGAGAUAUUGAAUUAACCUGGAAUAAUCUGCAAGCCUUUCUUGCCAUGUGCCCCUGUAUUCUCCAAAAGCUGCCACCACCAUCAGUUUUGAAUUGCACCACUGCCACGCCCCAUUUAGACACAAACCCUUGCCUUAGUAGGUGUUGUGGUAUCUGCUUGCUAGAAGGACUGAAUGAAGAGCAGAUUCCAGAAGAGCCUGCGGACAGUUUGCAGGAGCACAAAGGGCACCUUUAUCAUUCAAGCUGUGCCAACUUUUGGCUGAACUGUGUGGAUUCCACUCUACCAGUUUUGUCUUGCCAUAGUUCCUGUCCUUUCUGCAUACAACAGAAGAAUGAGAUACUGUGACCUGGACCAAUACUAUUGGAUACGUGCCAUUUAAGGUGGUAGCAUGUAACGUACUGUAUUGAUUUGUUUAGACGUAUCCUAUUAGAGGUUUGAAGUUUAAUAAAACAGCAUCCCAUAGUUAUAAGUGAGGACAACAACAAAGCGAGCGGUUUGGGUCUAAGAUAAAUAAGUAUUGAAACUUACAAUAGUUAUAUUUUUCAUGGCUGUAAAGCUGUCAUUUAAUUCUACCUAACCUCAGGAAUUCUUGGGACCUGAGGUUUUCCAGAUACAGUCUUUCCAUAAUUUGGAUCACCGUACUUUAAAGGACAAGGAAACUCCAUUACAAAACAUAAAAGAAUGUUCGCCACCCCCCCUUGUGAAUCAAUCAUCUGUAAUAUGAAAGUAUGCACUUUGCAUUUUGAGGCCGCCUUCCUUCUUUCCGGAUUCAUCAUUUGCUACGUCACAAAAACAAUUUGGGCAUGUGUGAUGAUCCCUGCUCACAUAAUCAUUGUAUCAAGGAUCGCAGAGUGACUAGAGCACUUGCACUCGAUUCCAACUGCAGCGAUUGCACAAGCGUAACGGUCUUAGUCUCUGAGAAGUGUUGCUGUGGCUGUGAUGUACAUCAAUCCCUUGGGUUUGUAUAGCUUCUGGCAAAAGCAUCGAAACAAGACAUUAUCUGUAAGUGCCUAAAGUGUCCUUGUUAUGCUCCCUUUCAGGACAACAUAAUUUAUUUGGGGGGUUUCCUUGUCUUUAAGUCUACAUAAAAAUAUUUAAAACAAAAUGUUUUGCCACCUACAAAGAAUUUUAACAAAAAUAAGUUUUACUUUCAGUUUUACUAUACUGAUCAAGUGCAGGAUUUCAAUGUUACUUUACUGUGCUAGUGAACAGUCCUGGAGUGGUGUAAGGAGUCCCUGGGAAAACCUUAGAGAUGGCAGUUUGGCACUUAAAGGAAAAGUACCAUGGGCAGGUGACAUUUUUAACACUGGCUUGGGGUCCAAAGUUAGCAAUUUAGUUCACUGGGAGGCACACCAUAUAAAAUAAUUUAUAACAGUGCUCAUAAGACUAAACCCGUAUUCAAAUGAUUUUCCUACUCCAAACACAUCUAUUCAGUGCAAAAUGUGCCUUUAGACGCAAGUACGUUUAUUAAAUGGCACAUAUUCCGUUAUGACUGCAGCUAACUUUGGUGCAAAGUUUGCUAUAGGUCAUAGAAACCAAUCAGCAGGUAGCCUUUACUAGUCGACUGUUUAAAACAAACAUAUGGCUCAAAGGACUGACUGGAACCAGAAAAUUCACAGCUCUGGCAAUAUUGUUUUUAGGCAGGCACUGUGUGUUUCAAGGGGUUCAUUGGAAAUAAAUGACAAAAGUUUGGGCUUUUAGAUGCUGCACAAAAGAAAGUUCAUCGUAUUUAUUUUGCGUAGCGGACAACAAUCAUGGAGACCUAAAGAAUCAAAUGUCUGGGCCCCAGUGUAAAAACAUACCAGAUAUGUAAACAGCAAGGUAUACCUGUAUUUAGCACAUCUGUCCCAAAUUUGUGUUUCAAAUCUGCUAAUUCCUCUGGGCCUGGGGUCUCAUCACAGACAUGUAGGUUAGAUGUUGUCGUCCAAGGAAUUAUGGCUCUGGUAGAAACCAGACUAGUACAUAUCAAAAAUAAAGCAAUUUUAUUUUUCUA